GUUCUGCAUAUAAGCUCUUCGAACGCUCUUCAGCUGCUUUCCUAUGUAGGUUGCCUAGCAAUUUGCUGUUAUAUAGGCAGGUUGCUAGGCGAUAUGACCUGUCGGUGAAGAAGUUUUAUUUGUGAACAAUAUUUCUAAGAAGGGUUAUGUCAUGUGGAUCAUAUUGUAGCUAAACUUCCUAAACAAAUUGGAGUUUAGUGUGUCUUUGAUUUAUUACCUUUAAAGUGUCAGGAUCAUGACUAUCUAUAGUAUUUAUAUAUUAUCAAAAUCUGGUGGACUCAUAUUCAAUACUGAUCAAAAUAUGCCAAAAAUAGAGCUUGAGAAGACCUUCAGCUACCCUAUACCCUACAAGCUGGUAUACGAAAACAAUCGUGUUGUUGUGUCAUUUGGUCAGAGGGAUGGCAUAAAAGUUGGCCACGCUCUCCUGGCAAUAAAUGGGAUACCUGUGACAGGAAAGCAGCUGGAUGAUGGAAGAGAUGCGUUUACAGUAUUGGAAGACCCCGAGCAGUACCCCAUCAGCCUCAAAUUCGGCUGGCCGAAACUCUCCACCAACGAGAAGAUUUUUCUGGCCAGCAUGUUCUACCCGCUGUUCGCCAUCGCCAGCCAGCUGAGCCCGGAGCCGCGCAGCUCUGGUAUCCAGGUCCUGGAGACGGCCUCCUACCAGCUACACUGCUUCCAGACCCUGACCGGAGUGAAGUUCCUGGCCGUGGUCGAUCCGCGCCAGACGGGCGUGGAGGCGCUCCUCCGCAGACUGCACGAGCUCUACGCGGACUUUGCGCUCAAGAAUCCGUUCUACUCGCUCGAGAUGCCGAUUCGAUGCGAGCUGUUUGACACUCACGUGCGUAGUGCGCUCGAGUCGGCCGAAAAACUUGGCGUGGCGAAUGUGUGAUGAAAGUGACGAGAGACGCGUGAGAUGAGGGAUGACAAAUGGACAUGAGGGGGAUUCGUGAAGUGUUGAGCGCGUGAGAGUCUUAUGCGCCAUGAUAGUGACAUUUGUGCGAAAUGUGAGAUAGCGUCUGACAGCUAUGGGAUGUAACUGUCGUGCGGCUCCUGAGAGUGUCGUGCGGCGCCUGAGAGAGUACGAUUUUGAAGCUACGUUAGUUAGGUGAAGAAAAUCAUAUAUUGCUGAGUGUGUGUGCGCACUGAUAUUCCAUUUAUUGCUUGUCACAGCGUGACUGUUGAGAACUGAAUGCCCGUGCUGACCUGACGCUGCCCUCUGCUCUCCCUCACGCCCCCACACACUGCUAACGUGUCCAGCUGUCCACUGGGUGCCUCUGUCCUGUCUGACGCUGUCUGUCUGCUCUGUCAGCGGCUGCGUGUGCGCAGUUCGCGUAUUUGUGACCCCGCACCCGCGUCUCUGCCACCCGUGUCCUAUGCUAAUGGUGUCCCGCGGACGACCAACCGACGCACUGUGGUCUUGUGUUUGUGUGUCGGUUUUUGUGUUCUGAAUAAAGCUCAGAUGGCCUUUCGGAGAA